UGGAUUUAAACCUCCGGGGUCUCAGUUGUGUUCAGAGAGGAAUUCUCUCACAAGUUUCCCUAGAAAUACGCAGUUCACUCAAAUUAAUCCAACCAUUAUGAAUCAACCGAGGAAACUUGCUCUGUUUCUCAUCCUAGUCUUACCGCUGGCAGCGGAUGGAUCUCGAAGUUAUAAUAACUGGUGGAGACACACUGCUAGGAAACCGGAUUAUCUGGCUAAAUAUACAUAUCACCAUCAUCAUCCUCAACUAUUAGACCGGGCUGAUCUACACAAUACAAGACACAAUACCAGUAGGCAGUUUUACUCGCAUGAGCGUGGAGCAAGAAUAAUAAAGUCUUCACAUUUUCUUAAGAUGUUCAACCUAGGCAGAAAAAUCAGUCUUGUCUGUGUAGCAAUGGGUAAACCGAGACCUAGAAUAACCUGGUUGAAAGACGGAAUCGAACUAGCAUCAUUCUCAGAACAUGAACAUAUAUUUGAAUGGAACAUGGGAAAAAAUAAACUAAAGUCCAAAGUAGAGAUUGACCCAGCUAUGCAGCGGGAUGCUGGAUAUUACGAAUGUCAAGCUUAUAACAAGCAUGCGGUAGAUGUAAAGGGAUUUCUUGCUAAAUAUGAAGUUAAUUGAAGAUUGGAAGAGAAAAUGUCUGCAUUUGUGUGAUAAUUGUGUUUCUAUAUUUUAAAUAAAAUAGUAAAUCUCUUUU